GUCUGCUUUGAUCUAGUGAUAUUACCAUACCGAUAGCGACACCUCUGAAUCAUCGUAUCGCACUGCACGAUGCUUUCAGCUCCCGGUUACAAAACGAAAGAGUUCGUACUCAGAGCUAAGCUUAGCUCAAUCGCGGCAUCUCAACGUUCUAGCUAGACUCUUGUGGGACGUCUACCCAGGUAUCCUCGGAAGAUAACAACCCGGUCUUUUGUAGGUUUCAGUACGUUCUGACCGCGACAUUCGUGCGCUGCAACUAAAGUGCGCUGCCCUUCCUACUCAUCUGACUUGUUUCUUUUCUCGUAUUCAACAACACGCGCAUAUUCCGAAUGCCUAGUGUUUCUUCAGACUGGAAAGUUGAACGUCCACCACGUCGAUCCGGACAACGAUCAGCCAAUGGCUGUUUGCAAUGUCGCAAAAGAAAAGUCAAAUGCGAUGAACAGAAACCGACUUGCAGUUAUUGUGAGAGGCGAAAGUUGUCAUGCUCCUGGUUCCAGCGACCUUGGAAAUUUGUGGACGUCAGCGACAAAGUCAGCGAGGAAUACGAUGUACUGUCCGGUCCGUCGGAGCAUCAAUCGCAGCAACAGAGAAACCCAAUCGAAUUGAAUCCCAUUGAAUAUGUUCCCAAAAGGCAGCACCGCACCCGAGAACGCCCCCAGGAGACAGAAGGUCUGGAAACACCAAGUUCAAGUACAAGCUCAUCCGGCUCUAACUCGAGUCCGCAAGAUUUGACAUCAACUAAGCCGCGGCACUAUGGAGUCAACUCAUCACAAAAAACUCGAAUACCUCCUUCUGUGGAUGCUGGUCCCACGACUCGCUCUCAGAUGUUAAUCGUCGCUCUUUACCACUACCUCCCUACCAACGAACCCAAGGAGCACCGAGGAGAACAUGAACAUCCUAGACUAACAUUUCUCAACCUAUUCAAUGGUGCUAUAUUCCGCCCUCGUGCGCCUUUUCUCGCAGCCGCUAUAGAUUCUUUUACCUUGGUUCAAGCAUCUCUCGCUUUGGGCGACGUUCGACUCGGGUUCGCCGCCAUCCGCCGUUACAGCGCUUGCUUGUCCAAGUUCAAUGCAGCAUUAGCUGAGUCAAAUCUCUACAGUCACGACGAUAUAUUGCUGUGUAUGCUAGUGCUCUCUAUCCUCGAGUCAAUCCGUCCGAUCUCUCAAUUCGGUGGUUGGGCAUCUCACGUUCGUGGUGCAAUCAAGUAUCUUGAGGAUCGUGGACCGCGACUUCUCAAGACUCGAUACCAGACUGUGCUAUUUCAUCACGCAAAACAGGCUUCAGUUCUCUGGGGAAUCUUCCAUCAAGAACCAAUACCCUUCAGUGGUAAAGACUGGUUACGAAUAUCUGAGUCGGCUCCUUUUAUCAACCACGAGACACGACUUAUCGACAUCGGUAUCCGGAUACCAGGGUUAUUGUCUCCUUCAAGCUAUCUUUCUAGCCCUACUGAUAUGUCAGGAUAUCAGACAUACUUCCAGGACCUCUUGGCGACUUCUUAUGACAUACAGAAAUGGCUCGCGGGUUUCCAUCGGCAAAGGGAUGUUCUUUUGCAUGCUUGUGACGAAACCAAUUUCCCUACCUAUUUCCGCUUGGUGAAGCGUAAUGUGCUGAGCACCGCAUCUUCAUUCCGGGACUUCAACGACGCAUGGUAUCUUUCGACAGCAUGGACAUACCUCUACCUACUUCAAACUACAUGUUUAUCUAUCAUGCACUCUGGACUACCACUUCACUUCGACGUCGAUGCGGCGUCCUUGGUCGCUUCAGUGGAGUCCACCGUCGAUAACCUCACCAAGACAGUGCCCCAAGCGCUAAGUGCGCAAUCUGGAUUCUCGGGUCGCUUGAGUGUCAACUUGUUUUUGCGGAUGAUAACUUUACAUUACGAAGCACAAGGUCGAGAUGAGAUGGUCGGAUGGUGUGGAGAUAUCGAAAGUGCUCUGUAUACGCCUGACCAAGGCCAUGCAGGGGCGUGGAUGGCGAAUUGGGAGAGAGUGAUCAAAUUACCUCGGAUCAGUCAGUUUGGAGAGCGGGAACAAACGGUCAGUAUCCGAUGAGGGUCAUCAUUCAUCACCGACGCAUAUACCAAUGAGCUCC